AUGGCAGUUCCAACCGCUAGACCCGAGAGUUUCUCUUUCGAUGAGGCCAAGAUUACGGCUGCUGAAUCGCCUGAAAAGAAGGAAGUAGUUCUCUUCCUCUGGUUGUCUGCAUUAGAACGGGAUUUACGAACUAGUAAUCGAGAUGGCAUCAAACCAUUUCAGGCCACCAUUGAAAAAUUACUCUUGAAAUAUAUCUGCUCUACAAAUCCAAAACCCUCGGGGCCUAUCCGACAAUCUAUGGCUCGAUGUUUUGUUACUCUCUUCACCAAUGGAGACUCGAGAACUGUCUUUGAUACUCUGACUGCACUACAGGCUGUCCUGGCAAAGAAAACUGAAGACCCAGCUGUUAGAUUGGCCGUCAUACAUUGUGUUGGAGUCAUCUCUGAAAGCCAUGGUCAUCGUGUCUUGUCUUUGUUUGCAGAAACAUUGACAAGUUUGACCAAACUCCUGAAAAAUGCCAAAGAACCUGAUGCAAGUUCCCGUGUCGCUUCAAGAAUACCUCUGAGAUAUGCAUGCCUCAUGGCAAUGGCACGAUCGCUAAGGGGUUGCGGACGCGGUGCCAACGAUACAUUAUUAAAGGACGUCAAUAAAUAUGCUAAAGCUGGUCUUACGGACAAGUACAUUAUCAUUCGUGGAGCUUCUGCUGAGGUCUUUCAAUCGAUAUACAGAUACGCAACUACCACACCGCCACUCAAAUAUGAAGAAUAUGAAGUAUUGAUGAACCAAUACUCAAAGUCGUUGGAAGGAACUUCUAGUUCCGUUAGGCGAUUAAUUGCCUCCACCAUAUCAUCAAUACUGGUAUCAUCGCAGAGCAAACCACCUCUCUCGAAAGCACCAUCGAAAAAAUUACCAACAAAGGUCUCAUCCCCAACCGAUGCAACACAAACCAAUCUGGCCGAUAAAUCGAUUCUUUCAAUUGAAGAAGUCGCAGCCCUCAUCACAGCCCAACUAGUAAAAGCGUCAGCUCGUGAGGUCAAGGUUGGUAUAAUAGAAGCUUAUGCUGCCACGUUGCACGAAUUAGGCUUCACUUUUGUGGAAAAUAAUUAUGGUGUCUUGGUUAAGCAUAUUCUAGACUUGAGUGCCAAUCCCAAACUAGCAGCAUCACGAACAGAUUCCAUAUUCAUGAGGCAAAUAUGUGAAUUCAUGCUUAGAGACGUGAUAGGAAAGAUGCUCAGUGAGACGGGACAAGUGAAUGCUGUCAAGGAAUUGUCCUUCAUGUAUUUGAAGAAAUGGCCAGCAAUCAUGCCUACAGAUGUAGAGCCUCAUAGACAAUCCCUAAUAUGUGUAUUAAACGAGGUGGCAGCAUUGUUGUUGGAUUUGGGCUCGGCAGCUACUGCUGUGCAAGAUUUUGUCGUAGACCCUCUCACAGCCCUCAUCAAUCAUCCUUCGGCAUCUGUAAAUGUAGCUCUUUCAUGGUGUCUUCGAUGUCUUGGACAUGCUAUACCUACUCAAUUGCCAAGGCUGAUGCAUAAAUUAGGUGGCCUGGUUCAACGUGAAAUACCAGUCUUGACGUCAGAACGACCAGAACUCAUAGAUCGAUGGGUGGGAUGGGCCAACUGUCUAGCCGGUGUUAUUGGUGUGGUAUCAUCACGCAGUUUAUAUGUCUCGUUUGAUAUGGCUGCCAAAAUAUUCGUCGUCUCGACGCAGCUACUUAAAGCAGUCGUCAAUCAAAAGGAGGUCAAAGACUGGAAGCUAGUCACUGCUCAGUCUCAAGUUGCAUGGACACUGAUUGGAUCACUCAUGACUUUGGGUCCCAACUUUGUCAAGGUGCACUUGUCGCAACUCUUGUUGAUUUGGAAGGCCAUAUUCUCCAAAGUCACUGGUAAAGAAGCUCCUGUAAUCCGGACUGAAGCCGAGUGGACUUAUCUUUUAUCAAGUCGAGACCAUGCUCUAGCUGCCCUGCACUCCUUUUUACUAUUUAAUCGAAAGGAGCUAACAUCAACGGAUGUCUCGAAACGUCUAGUAGUGUGUCUGAAUACUGUGGUUGGGUGGUUGAGUACAUUGCCGCCAACGUAUCCUAACGCCCUAGCUACUCCAAUCACUGGUAGUGCUAGUCCUCAAGCAGCCAGUAACUCUAAAUUAUUAGAUCGUGAACAUACAGUACGGCGACGGGUGUUUGAGUGUUUUACACUGCUUCCACCAUCAACAUACGAGACGGCAUUCUCUGUUCUCAUAAAAGCGACACAAGAUGUGUUUGCUCGUGAGCCUGAGAAGCUUGCAUCCUUGCCACCUAAUGGUGCUUCACCACCAGUCGAUAAGGGUGGUAAUAUUGCUAUAGAUACUACAUGUCUGACAUCGCUAGUACGUGGUCUAGUGAUAAAUGUAUCUGCAGACUCGGGUGCUGAGGACCGAGGUUGGACUAGAGCUGUUAUGAAGGACACUGAUGUGCAAAACCUUGAAUCAGCAUUAGAGAACCCACACCCACAUGCUACUGAAUACGACCCACACUGCGUAUAUCUAUAUCAACCACCACAACACAUCUCAUCGUCAGCCAACCAGCAGCAACACUCUGCAACGUAUGAAGUUAGGUUCGUACGUCCAUCACCAGUAGCUCCAUCGAUUGCCGUCGUAGAUGCAGCCGUAGAACUCUUUGCCCUUGUAUUUCCACUUGAAAGUGCAACUACGCAAGAAGGAGUGCUGGAGCAAUUCAUCAGGACUUCGAAAUAUACUGGUGCCAAGAUGCUUCCUGGUAAAAAAUUGGCUACGCAGCUUAAUAUUCUAGUCAGUGUAAUUGGAGCACUGAAACGAAUCAUGGUGAAACAAGGCUCUUUUGCAAGUGGGAGGUCUGCUGUAGCUAUUCGUGAUCUGACUGAUGAGGCUUUGACGAGCUCUGAGCCAGCAAUUCGUAGUGCUGGUAGUGAAGUCCUUGGUAGAUUAGCACGAACAGUGGGAACGGCCAUCUUUAUAAAUCCAUUGAUUCAAGGCCUUGUAGACCAGGUCGUCAACAAUCGAGAUCCUGUAGCACGAUCUGGCUAUGCUCUGGCUCUUGGAUAUAUCAACUCCUACGUCGGAGGCAUGGCAGCUGCAUCACAUAUAAAAACUAUUGUUGGUAUAUUGCAUUCCCUAGCAUCAGAUCCACAUCCUCUAGUCCAUACAUGGGCAUUGCAUGCUCUUUGGCUCACGGUAGAAAGUAGUGGACUCAUGUAUGAACCUUAUGUGAAUUCUACCUUGUUGACGGUAGCCAAACUCUUCAUGUCUGAUACGCAUGAAGUGACUAAUUUAGCUGCAAAUCAGCCAAACGGAGAUACGAAUGCAGAUGUAUAUCCGACAUUUGGUAGAAUAUUGCAUGCUUUAGUAGGUGUUGUUGGUCCGGAGUUGCAAGAUGGGAAACGUGUACGAGAGCUUUGCUUUGGAUUGUAUGAAGCUUUACGAAACGAUUCUGAUCCAUUUGUGGUUGUUGAAGCCAUCAAAUGUGUGCAACACUUUAUUCUCUUUGCUCCCAAACACGUUGAUAUUGGUAGUCUCGUGCCCUUCCUGCAAGUGCAGAUGACGGGUGAUUAUCGAUCUCAUGGUGCAUUGAUGCGUAAAGCAUCCGUCACCUGCUUAUACCAGCUAGUACAACGUAAUCCUGAAUCAGUACUGGUUGCAGCUGUAAAUAAUCAAUUAGAAGAGCAACUCUUUGCUCUACUGGAUACUGAAAUGGAUGGUACAGUGCGAGACGAGAUUCGAGAUAUAUUAAUGGGUCUCCUACGUCAUGUGGCUCCUACUCAGCCAACGCGAUGGUUGGAGUUAUGUAAAGGUAUAUUAUCUAAAUCAACAAGCGCCUCUUCGGCAGCACCUGCAUCUGGUGGAAAUCAAGCUGCACCAACAACGGCUGCUCCUGAUGCCGAACGUGAUUAUGACGAUGAAGAUGGAUUUGGCGUGAGUCCUCGUGGAAGCGGAACAGCUACACCAACUGUAUCUGCUCCACAAGCCAAUCCAGGUCUAGCAGGAUCAUUUGCUGCCGUAGCUUUGAAACUACUAGUCGCUCUACUACCACGAUGGAGGACUCAGAUGUUUGCUUUGGCUUGCUUGCGUCAGAUUAUGACCGCAGCUAAAUCUACUGGUGUCAAGGCUCACUUUGAUUUGGAGGCAGCUCGAACCGCUGCCUUUUCUGUUGGUGCCAAUAGGGCAGAUUAUCUUGUAACCAAGUUGCUUGAUUUGGUCAAGAUGGCUUUUAGUGCAUCUACUGGAAUGGUGGACGCUUUGAGAUUGGAAGGAUUGCUGGUUUUGCAAGAUAUCUUAGAGAAAUUCGCUGAGACUGUUGAUCCAGAUUAUGAAGACCAUGCUCUCUUAGAGCAAUACCAGGCUCAAAUAAGUGCUGCUUUGGCACCUAACUUUGCACCUGAAACAUCUCCAGAAGUGAUGAGUGCUGCUUGUCGUGUCUGUGCUGUAUAUAUUGGAAGUGGCAUCAACAAGUCAUUCUCGGCACUUGGACGUGUCUUGAAAGUUUGGGCUGGGACUCUUGAUCGUUGCAAAGAAACGAAUGACUUGGAUGGUGAUACUGCUAGUCCACAUACUGCACUCAUGCUCAGAUUGGCUAUAUUGACUGCAUGGGCUGAUUUGCAGAUUGCAUCAUCCAAGCACUAUUAUCUGACGGAAAUCGUUGGACCGAAUCUUCCUGUUUUGGUCCCACUAUGGAUGUCGGUGUUACGUGAUCAUGCCAAAAUCAAGUUAGAGACUGACAUGGUCAGUCCCUUAGCUGCAGCUGCUACUCCAGAUUCUGGAUCUAGCCUUUAUAUGUACACGUCGUCGACUCUUGAUGUGGUUUUGCCGUACUAUCUGAAAUCAUGGCACGUUAUUAUGCGGGCAUUCACGUCAUUGAUUGAUGUACGAGAUGAUUUGAUUGUGGCUGCUGUAAGGAAAUCUGAUCGAGCUGAAUCCGAUGGACCAUCAAACACAUACUUUGUCUUGUACGGAUUAUGUGUGGAAGCCAUUGCGAAUACUGGACUUAAAGGAGGUGCAACACAAGAAUCGAAUCAAAUCAUGGAGUCUUGUUUGGGCAGUAUUGGUCAAUUAUUCAAACCCAAGAUUGCUGGGAACAAGUUCCUCACCAAGGGUGUAUUUGUAGAGACUUUGAGUAUCUUUGACCGAAUUCUACAAACAGAAGAAGUUCCCAUUCAAUUGUCAGUGCUCACUAUCGUGCAGAGAAUGGUUGCUGAUUAUGGAGAUGCUUAUUUCUUGGACGAUUCUGAGGUCUAUGUGACAGGAAACGAUACAGACUUCCUCACUGGCAAUGUAGUCGAUCCUGGACCUCUUUCGAAUACAUCAAGGCUCUAUGUGACAGUCAGGCUAUUAUUCAAUGUGUUUAUGUACCAUGUUCCGUCAGUUUCCAAUAAUCCCACUGCAACUUUGAAUGCAUACAGAAAAGUCACAUCUGAAACGGCCACGUUGAUGGCCACUGCACUGGAAACUCUUACUGCAUUGGCUUGCUCUUAUGGAUUGUCUUCUGUGCAUAAGGCGGAGCUUAUGCCAGUCCUUUUCUACAUAUAUCUGGCCUUGUUGGACUCUGAAAAGUUCAGUUCCGAUGUUGGUCCAAGAGUACUGGUAUGCUUGAAAGCAUGCAUGGAGAACAUUCAUGGUUGCAUCAUCGCUCCUGAAGAACCUGUUGUGUCGGGAGUGCUUCAAGCUGCGUUGUCGACUCUUCUGGACACGGUUACGAUGGAAUUGGAAAGCUGUGCCGAAUUAACGGAUCCUUUUGAUCCAGCCAUGACCAAGAAUUGCUUGCUGGCUAUAACUUUAAUCACAACCACAUCUCCUAAACUGUCUCAUCAUCCCGAAAAUCAGGAACGUCUAGUAGAAAUCCUGAGGCGUCUCCUCAAUAAUAGUCCCGUCGAAUCGUUAUCAUUCGUGGCUCUGCAAUGUACAAAAUCACUUCUUGCACUUAUGGCAAGACCAGAGCCAGAAAGUGUGGCUAUUGGCUCAAUGUUUAGUAGGCUCAUACUUCCAGAUGUGGUAGCAUUUGCCUACUCGACUGGUACUGUGGUCUGUAACUCCAUUGUCAGUCCGUCGCCUUCUCGAGUAUCAUUACUAGAUGAUGCAGUGAAGUGUGUCUUGGUAUUGUAUGCUAUUACUGAUGACCGUAAAAAAACAGCAUUACUACCAAUCAUUGUACCUUUACUGGUAUCUCAAGUAGCCAACAUACCAGAAAAUUCACCUUCGACAUUUGCAAAUCCAGCAGCAGCAAAUCUACAUGCAUUUGCAGUCCAACACUUGCUAAACUUGGCUGGACAACAACCAGCUGGGUUUAGAUCAUGCAUUGCUGCUCUACCUGAAGAUCGACGUAUAAAAUUAGAACGAGCAUUUAGACAAAACUUGUCUAGAUCGCAAACUACAGACUCGUCGUCGAGAAUCUCAAUUUCGUCUACUGUAGCAGCUGCACCGAUUAGAUCAUCGACAAGCUCCCCUGAGCCUCAAACAACACCAAAGAUUCAAUUGAAAGCUUCAUUUGGUAAUUUUUCAUAG